GGGAUGCAGGCGCCUCUGUGAACCCCCGCGAUGGAAGGAUCUAGCGGCUCCAGUUUUGGAAUAGACACGAUCUUGUCCAACCCCCGGUCCGGCAGCCCGGGCGCGAUGAACGGAGACUUUCGGGCGGGCGAGGGCCGGGCGGCGGAUUUCCGCACGCGGGCCACCCCGUCGCCCUGCUCGGAGAUCGACACGGUGGGGACGGCGCCCUCGUCGCCCAUCUCGGUCACCGCGGAGCCCCCCGAGCAGCCGCACCUGGCGCCCGAACAGCCGCCGCCGCAUCUCCAUCUCCACCACGGCCAGCCGCCGCCGCCGAGUUUGCAGCCCUCGGCCCAGCCGCCGCCGCCGCCGCCGCCGCCGGGCUCGGGCAGCUCGGGCCCCAGGACUUCCACCUCCUCCUUCCUCAUCAAAGACAUUUUGGGAGACAGCAAACCGCUGGCGGCCUGCGCCCCGUACAGCACCAGCGUGGCAUCCCCGCAUCACACCCCCAAGGCGGAGGGCGCCGCGGCCGGCGAAGCCUGCCGCCCCAAACUGGAGCAGGACGAAGGCAGGACCAAACUCGACAAGCGCGACGACGCCCAGAACGAGCUCAAGUGCCACGGGACAAAAGAAGAAGGCGAUCGUGAAAUCACAAGUAGCCGGGAUAGCCCCCCGGUGCGAGCGAAGAAGCCCCGCAAGGCGCGGACGGCCUUCUCGGACCAUCAGCUCAACCAGCUGGAGCGGAGUUUCGAGCGGCAGAAGUACUUGAGCGUGCAGGACCGCAUGGACUUGGCGGCCGCCCUCAACCUGACGGACACCCAGGUCAAAACCUGGUACCAGAACCGGAGGACCAAGUGGAAGCGGCAAACGGCCGUGGGGCUGGAGCUGCUGGCCGAAGCCGGGAAUUAUUCGGCUCUGCAGAGGAUGUUCCCGUCGCCCUAUUUCUACCACCCCAGCUUGCUGGGCAGCAUGGACAGCACCACGGCCGCCGCGGCCGCCGCCGCCAUGUACAGUAGCAUGUACCGGACUCCGCCUGCUCCUCACCCCCAGCUCCAGCGGCCUCUGGUCCCCCGCGUGUUGAUCCACGGCCUGGGACCCGGGGGGCAGCCGGCCCUCAACCCCUUGUCUAACCCCAUGCCGGGGACCCCUCAUCCGCGGUGAAAAAGCUCCCCGCCUCCCUCUCCCCGGCUGUCCCCCCAGUCCAGCCAACAGACUGCACC